UUUCAAAACCUUGGCUGUGAAAAUACCCUCAUUUGCCCAUCAUCUUCUUCACCAGGAGGAAGAAGUUAACCAGAGAGAGGCUGCCAAGUUGAGCAGAAAAGGCAAGAACAAAACAAUUUGUUCUUGCUUCAUUUCUUCACCAUCUCUCCAGCCCCCUGCCGCCUUUGUUGCACAACAAAUCUGCUUUGAAUUGAGCCAAGAGAGUUUGAACUCUGCCCAUUUCCAAGAGGCCAGAGCUCUUUCAGGAGCUGUGGGUGGCAAGGGAGUUACUGGCUUUUUUAUAAAUGGUCCACUAAAUAAUAGCUGGUUGUUGCUGAUAGGAAGGUAUGCCAGGGGAACAGAGUGGAGGGUGUGUGUUACACACACUCAAAUAGCUUUUCUGUUGGAUUGGCUGGCUUUGCUUCUUGGUAUCUGACAUCUCCAGGCUUGGAACUGGGCCCCCAGAGGCAUCGUGUUUUUCAGACAGCUCACUCAGUCCAUUUGCUGCCUGCUUAUUCUUCUCCAUUCUCUCUCUCUCUCUCCACCCACCACUGCAUCAGGACUGUGAAGGUCGAUGCAAGAAGCCAGCUGGACCACCAUCAGACAAAUGGAGGUCUCCACCGGAAAGGUCAUUCUGAACGUUGGAGGCAUCUGCUAUGAAACGUUCCUUAGCACCCUGCAGGCUUUCCCAGGGACCAAACUGUGGAGCCUCACGGAGCCCCAGGCCAACACAAAGCAUGACCAUGACCCUAGCACCAAGGAGUUCUUCUUUGAUCGGAGUGGCCGGCUGUUUGGGCAGGUGCUGAACUACUACAGCACAAAGCAACUCCAUUGCCCUGCAGGUGUCUGUGAAUCUGCCUUUGAGGAAGAGCUGGAUUUCUGGGGGAUCACAUGCACCCAGCUGGCCCCCUGCUGCUGGAUAAAGCUUAGCAAGAGAGGGCCCGAAGAGGAGGAGCACGACAUUGGGAUUGUUGAUGAGCAAGACAAUGGCCAGGGUCUCCUGAUCCAGGAAGAAAGAAGGAGUGGCUGUCAGUAUGCCCGGUGGCGGCCCAAAUUGUGGGAUCUCUUUGAAAAGCCCCAUUCCUCUAAAUGUGCAAUGGGCUUGGCAGUUGUUUCUCUGCUGUUCACCAUCGCCAUCAUCAUCAUCCUCUGUGAGGAGUCCAAGGGGUUCAUAAAAAACAUCAUCCCAGACCAUACUAUAGAGAGCCACCACCACAAUUACUACCAUCACUUCUUUCCGUCUGUCUUUUCCUAUGAAGUGGCCCCCUACCUCCUCCACCUUGAGCUUUUCUUCAUCCUCUGCUUCACGGCUGAGUUCUUCGUAAGGAUCAUGUGCUGCCCAGAUUUGAAAAAAUUCCUGAAGAACCCUCUGAACAUCGUUGAUCUCCUCUCCCUGUUCCCAGUUUACAUUGAGCUAUCCUUGGCAAGACCUUCACAGGAGCCACACCCUCAGGAGCCACAUCCUCUGGUCCGGUGGCUGGGCCUGUCCCGCAUGAUGUACAUAAUCAAACUCCUGAAGGUAUUGAGGCUGGUGGAGACACCUCUGAUGCUGAGGGUGCUGCCUUACAUGUUCAAGUCCAUCCUGAGAGAGAUACUCAUCUUCUUGUUGAUUUUUGCUUCUGAAGUCCUUUUCUUUGGCACCCUCUGCUUUUAUGGGGAGCAGCUGAGUACCAACUUUAAAAUACGGUUUCGUAACAUUGGCGAGGCCUUCUGGUGGGCAGCCAUCACUCUGACCACUGUAGGGUAUGGAGACCUUCUUCCUGUCAGUGUCGCCGGCCAAGUGAUAGCAGUUUGUACUGCACUCUGUGGUGUGCUGACCAUCAUUGUCCCAGUCCCAAUCUUUCUAUUCAGUUUCAAGGGCUGUUAUGAUGCUGCUGUGAUCAAGGAGAGGAGGAAGAGGAAAGCAAUGCAAGCAGUGACGCUGUUGUCCUGAGGACUCCUGAGCAUCACAUCCCUAGUUUUCUGUAAGAGGAG